AAAGAUAACUCUAGUAAUUUUGUGUGUCCUGAUGUAAUGAUACUAAUGUCAAAUGUCGUGUUUAUCUCUGCGUACCUUGUUUGGGUGUGCUGUUAGAAAUAGUAUCCGCAGUGAGAUUUCUCAAUGUGUGCAGAAAUGUUGGAGCCACUCAGGAACUCAUGUCAUUUGUCGCCAAAACAUUCUUCCUCAAAGUGGAAGUUCCACCCUCUGUCGGGGAUCAUCGUGUAUCAGGUCUGACAAUCAUGGACUGCUGUCUAACUUUCGUGUAGUACGAAGUUUCAAAUCACAGAGGAGAUUGCAAGUCAAAGAACAGUCUCGUCAAGAUGGCAGAGCUUCCCUGCUGUUUAAACCGUUCUGUUUUACAGUGGCUGUUUGUGGCCUCAGUUUUACUGGUGCCACCAUCUGGCAGUAUGAGUGUAUAAGGGCACAUGCACACCAGAUAUUGAAAGGCAUGGGGAAAGCACGUGACCAGGUAGUCGGGUAUAUACCACAGAAGAAUUUUGGAUUUAGAUCACAAAUAAACUCUAUGUGGAACCGUUUGUCAUCAGGUGAGAAGAUUGUCACUGGACUGAUAGCUUUCAACGGCUUGAUCUUGAUGCUGUGGAAAUUACCCACAAUGCACCCCUUUCUCAUCAAGUACUUCUCUUGCCAUCCUAAUUCAUCUGUGGUUUCUAUGGUGCUUUCUGCCUUCAGUCAUAUAAGUUUUAUACAUUUUGCUUGCAAUAUGUACGUCCUGUGGUCAUUCUCAACUGUAGCUCUUAAUUUGCUGGGCAAGGAGCAGUUGGCAGCCCUGUACAUAAGUGGAGCUGCCGUUUCAUCCAUGGCCAGCCUCACUAACAAGAUUUUACGGAGAAGUGUUGUCACAUCACUGGGGGCCUCUGGAGCUCUGCUGGCUGUGAUUGGCGCCGUCUGCUACAAUUUCCCUCAGUCGAGACUCAGCAUCGCCUUCGUGGGAGACCUCUUCCCACACUCGUUCUCAGCAAAAAGUGCUAUCACAUCACUGGUGGUGUUCGACCUGGCAGGACUCGUGUUUGGAUGGAAGAUCUUUGACCAUGCGGCACAUCUCGGGGGAGUCCUGUUUGGAAUCUGGUACAUGAAAUAUGGCAAAGACCUCAUCUGGGGCAGACGUGAAACUGUGAUGGCAUGGUGGCACAAAGUGAGAGGACCGUGAUCACAUGCUGCUUUCACACACGACUCUUAAACAGUCAAAUAAACCAAAAGAUUAUAAUAAACCAAGAUAUCGUGGAAAGCUCUGAAUGAAGAUGACUGUGUUAGGAGACUCCGAGUAAUGUUAUAGACAUCAGAAGCACAGAAUUGGGAUCAGAGGGGCACUGCCCGCCCCUCCCCUUUACCCAUCUCUGAAGAUUAUGUUUUGUCCAAAGGUCUCUGAGAAUUCAACAUUUGCAUAACCCAUUUAUUGGUUGUGCAGAAAUAAAAUCGGGUAACCCAUUUUCCUUUUGCGUAACCAGUUAUGUACAUGUAAAUGGCGUCCUUAAUUUUAAUGCACAAAUGAUAAAUAGGUUACACAAGAAUAAAAUGAUUGCAGUUUUCAGAGCCUUGCUUAACCGAUAGUUGAACACAUAGUUAAUAUACUAACCCCAUCCCUUCAGUUGUUGGACAAGGCCUAUGGUUGUGUACAGCAGGCAUCGAAAUAAGUCGAGAACGGGCAUUCAGGUCACCAGGAGGUUGUCACAUGUCAAGAAAGUCAAGAACGGGACUUCAUUCUCCUCAGGGGCAGGACGUAGCCCAGUGGUAAAGCACUCGCAUGAUGCACGGUCAGUUUAGGAUCAAUUCCCGUUGGUGGCCCCAUUGGGCUAUUUCUCGUUCUAGCAGGUGCUCAAUUUAUUUUCAUAAUGAAAUAAUAGAAACUAAUCAUUAUUUUCAUUUUAACAUAACAACAAAUUGAUUAUCAGUUAAUUAAUACUAUCACAUUUUUAAUAAAAAUAUUCAACUGUU